AUGCAGAAGAAAACUAUGUUCUUCCCAGGGAGAAUCUGUGUUGUGUUCCGCAAGGGACCACUCGGAUUUCUCCUCCAGGAGCCGUCUAAAGAAGCUAGGCGGAUUAAGCACGACCCCACUCAGCAGGACAAGUCUGUGGCCAUGAGGGAGGACCUUGUGCGGCAGAAUGCUCUGGCUGUGGUCCGUCAGAGAGGAGGGGAUGCCUCAGACAAGACGGAGGUGUUGGGAGACUAUAUCCUGCAGUUUGGGAAAUAUAAAGGGAAGUCUUUCAGGUGGCUUUUACAGAAUGAUGUUGGGUACACUAUGUAUCUCAUCAAGAACCUCCGGAAGGAGGAGGCAUCAGGCAUCUGUAUGUCUGAGGGGCAUGGCAAGGACAGCCUACAGUCAUUUGUUAAUUAUGCUCUUAGUUUUGGAGAGAUUCAGUCUCUUCUCGCCUAUGAGGCCAGUGGAGUGGGUGUUGCGGCAGCCUCAUCGGAAGAUGACCAGCUGGUUGGCUUUGGUUCCCGGGCCAAGAGCACCUGGAAGGAGAUAUGGGAUGGCAGAGCUGAUGGCUAUGCAGACUUCAUCUUGGGGAAGAGCUGCGUCCCAGGGACACGCAUGUGCAAGUUGCAGCAGUACCUGAGGAAGAGGCAGGAAUCUGCCACUGCUUCGACAUCUGCAGAGCAUGCCUCAAGGGCCCCAGCUAAACCCCUGGUGAUGGAUGACGAUGAAGAGCUGGAGAGGGCGAUGUUGGGCAUCUCACGUUCUAAGCUACAAGUGCAGAGCUUUGCUGUGCCAGUAGCUGCAGCUGUCAAACCCAGAGUGUCAUCAGGAGCAAAGAAAGCUCCAGGCCUUAAGAGGAAAACACCUGUGCCCCUUCCAGCAGAGCUGGAGUUCCUAGUAAAGGAGACAACAGCAGAGAUGCCUGAGUCAACUCUAGGACCCCGCACAAGUGCUGCUGGCACCUCUGCAUGCAAAGCGCUUGCCUUUGAGGACAGUGGCGAUGAUGUUCCCUCAGCUCAGCCAUCCAUUCCUGUUCCUGUUCUCCUGCCUGGGCAUGACCACGACAUGAGCAACUGGAGCUGUUCUCAACACCAGAAGCUGUGGAUGAGGAUAGAGCUUCAGGAUCUCGGGCUGUGGCCUGGGUCUCGUUCAGUACGUAACCCAGGGAACACAAUUUCACUGUGGCAUCUUCCUCCACAACCUGAGCUUGUCGAUACUGUGGCUGCGCUCCCAUCUUCCAACUUCUUCCAGCUCCACCUAUUUUUCAUCUGGAAGCCAGAGAGUCACAUCAUGGUCAGGUUGAGGAACAAUUACCUCCUGCCAUGUCUGCAUGGAUGUCCUCAUCCACAGGUGGUCUCUGCAGGUGUGGGCAGGCCCCGAGUGAUUGUUGGCACCAGUGGCCAGUAUUACAUCUUGUCCUCACGUCUCUGCUGCAAGGCCUGUCGGAGGAACUGGUUUGCUGACAAUCCACGAUGGCUUGAGAAGCUGCCCAAGCGGUUUACCAACCUUCUGCCCUCAUUCCUGACCUACAAGAAGGCCAUUUGCAAGUCUGUUAUGGAUGAGCUGAGGCGCAGUGGCAAGUCACCAACCGAUAUGGCAAACCAGGUGAAUGAGCUCAUGCACCUCAAGUAUGAGCGAGCUCACCUGGCAUACCUGCAUGCCAUAGAAAGCGUCAGGGAUGCUGAGGCCGGCAUACAUGGACAGAGGACUAUUGGGCAGUUUUUGAGGAAGGAGAACACGCCACGUGCUUUCGGGCUUUAUGACGACCAAGAUGGCUGGUAUGGAGUCUCCGUGUCCAGCUUCUACCUGACCGACUGUCUACCAGAUGAGUUCAGACGUCAAGAGCCAGCCAUGACCAAACUACUGCAGGGCACUUUUGGGCAGGUCCUCAGGUCAGACCACACCAGGAAAGUUGCAAGAAAAGUAACGCUGGCAUCUGGUGUCAUGUCCAGUUAUGCCAUCAUGAAUGAGAACUGGCUGAUUGUUUCAUGGGUGAUGGUUCAGUCUGAAACUGAGAGGUCCUUGGAGCCGAUGUACCAAGGAAUGGCCAAGAGGUACAGCGAUGCUGGAGUGGAAAAGGCAGGCUUCCACUGGAUGGACAGGGAUUGCUGUGCUCCAUUUAAGAUCCCAGACUGCAUCCCUGGUGAACAUCUACACUGGGAUGCCUGGAAGACUACCCCUUCCAUUGUUGCUGGGGCCACCUCUGGACCCCUGGAGAACACCUGUGCCUCACGGUCACAUUUCAAUCACAAUAUUGUGGUGAAGCUGGACUUGUUCCAUUGCCUGAGGCGUUUUUCACGGGAGUGCACCUCUGAGCAUCACCUUCUGUUCAGCACUUUCUGCCAGCUCCUCUCCGCAGCCUUCUCUGUGGUGGAUCAGGAGGAUCUAAAGAGGCUCCAGGAUGCCUAUAGGUUCUGUGAUAUCCAUCCAGCCAAUCCCACCAAACAGCACAUACGGGAGCACUGCAGGACCAAAAUACCACAACCCACAGAGGUGCUGGACAGAGUGGAGAAAGUCCUGAAGCAUCUCCACCAGGCCAUGGACCCCAACAGUGUACCACUCUUCAAGCCAUCCAUGCUGAAGACUUGGCGCAUACAGAGAGUGCACAUUCUCCGCGGUUGCCUCAGUGACCCUGAACUCUCUGAGGGCAUAGGCCUCGUUUACACUGCAGAUGGACGAACGCGCAGCGAGAUCUCAGGACUGGUGGGAACAUAG